AUGGAGUACGCAACGGGAGCCGGAUUAAAUACGUCUAAAAUUUGUUUACCAAAUACUCGGCAAGACCUCCUAAAGGAUAUUCAGAACUGGAUCAGCAGCACCGAGGAGGGUGCUCCACGCAUCUUGUGGUUGUCUGGCACAGCAGGCAAGGGUAAAUCGGCUGUCGCCCAUACAAUAUCCAGCUGGUACAUCGAACGCGGUGGUCUUGGCUCAUGCUUCUGCUUUGAUCGUACUCAGCAAGCGGAUCGCCGUCAAGACAAAACAUUCACGACGAUCGCAAGCGAUUUGGCGGACUGCAACCCUAUCGUGCGGCGAGCGUUGGCGCAGGCAGUUCGUGACCACAACGGACUCAAGCGGACUCCAGAUAUCGCAAAACAAUGGCAGGAACUAAUCAUCAGUCCCAUAAACAUAGCCUCAAAAGCCAUCGCUGCACCCGUCCUAAUUGUCAUUGAUGCAUUGGAUGAGAGUGGUGAAGCUAAUUCCCAGGAACAGAUUCUUCGUCUACUCGCUGGUAAAUUAAACACUUCUACGUCACAACUAUCCGAACUCCCAGCCAACUUCCGCAUUCUCCUCACUUCCCGUCCACUUGAAGACAUUCACAACACUCUGCACGCCGUGCCACAUGUUCACCACGUUUCUUUGGAUGCUAUCUCGUCUGCAUCCACAGAACUUGACAUACAGCUUUAUAUCUCUCACGAGUUGGAAGACCUGCAUCACAUCUUCAACGAUGCGCACUUCAAGGCACUUGCCCUAAAAUCCGACGGCCUGUUUGAAUGGGCUCGUCUCGCCUGUGAGUACAUCAAGGGUACGAACAAGGUGGGCGUGGGUCCGGUGGGUCGUUGCAAAGCUGUGAUCACUGGAACGUCUGAGAAAGGAACGCGUCUGUUGGAUGAUAUUUAUACACGCAUCUUGAGAGAUAUCAUGCCGGAGGACGAGCGCAAGGAAGCUAUCCCGGUGUUUUGCUCGGUCAUGGGGCAAGUCCUUGCCUCGUUGGAACCACUUCCCAUGCCUGCGUUGACGGCUAUGCGGCUGUAUUUUCCCGAAGGGACUUGCGAUUACGAAAUAGACCGGGUCCUUGGCCCGUUGGGAUCCCUUUUGACCGGCACUUCGGAUUCCGAUACUCCCAUACGUCCCCUUCAUGCAUCAUUCUACGACUUCCUCACAGAUGAAUCGCGGAGCCAUGACUUCUCUGUUGAUGCAUCAGCAGUGCAUAGAGAUCUUGCCUUUGCCUCGCUUCGGGUUAUGGACUCGAAGCGCGGGCUUCGCUUCAACAUUUGCUCCUUAGAGAACUCGUACUUGCCUAACUCUUCCGUCCCUGAUUUGGAGAAACAAGUCAAAGAAUCCAUUCCAGCUGAGCUAUCAUACUCAUGUCGGUUUUGGGGGACUCAUGUCAGCUCUACGUCCUUUGGAUCACCGCUCGCUAAGGGAGUUGAGGCUUUCUUCGAUGGAGAGCGCCUUCUUUGGUGGUUGGAAGCACUGGCUCUGAUGAGAAGCCUCGGUGGCUCGGUAGUGACCCUCUCAUAUAUUGCAGAUUGGCUUUCGGUGCGUCGCUCAAGUUCAUUCUUUUCCCAACAAAUUCUUACGAGUAGUGGUGUGGUCGCAGGGUCAUGCCGAGUUUAG